AAUGUUCCUGAUUUAGGUACACAACUUUCAAUUUUAAAAGUUCUUCCCAUUUUCUUCGUGAUAAUUUGGGCGGUGGUCAAGAGUUUCCUUCCUGUCACCGAUGAUUCCUCGUCUACGCUCGCGGAGGAUGUUGGAGCUGUCAACUUGUGGACGCAUUGCCCGUGGAUGCGACCGCAUUGGGUGGAUUGGAUCCAUCAGAGUCCCACCGUUCUCGUCCUCCUUCUGAACCUCGUGUUUCUCGCCUCGAUAAUGUGGGUUCUCAUCACGAAACUUCGUUCGGCCAACACGCUCGAAACACAGCAGUACCGGAAAGCGGCCAAAGCCCUCCUGGUUCUGAUGCCUCUGCUGGGAAUCACGUACGUUCUGACCAUCGCCGGACCCACUUCCGGUGAUAGCUCCAAGAUGAUCUUCGAUUACGCUCGAGCCGUUCUACUCUCUACGCAA